AUGGAGCAAAUCAGAUCGUUCCACAAUUACAUUACGGACCCUUACCUUUUUACCAACCUGAGGGAAAGAGCACAUAGCCAUAUUAUGGAUAAUAUGAACUUUACCUCUUUGUUUAAACUUUUAUGCUUUGGAAUACUCUUUUUUUAUGUUGGAUCUUUAUAUGUGAAGGGAAAUGCAGCUAAACACGGACGCAUAUCCUCCAGAUCUGACCCCUAUCGAGCAAUCGAAUAUAAUAACAACUAUGGCCCUUCAAAUGACAAAGUGGAAGAAUGGAAGCGAAACCAAUGGACUGAAUGGGUGUACCAAUUGGAUGAUGAUUGGAAAGAAUUUAACGCACAAAUUGAUGAGGAAAAGAGAGCAUGGGUUGAAGAAAAAGAAGGAGAUUGGGUAAUGUUUUUGAAAAGUUUAUUGGACAAAUGGAUGCAUUUUAAUCCUAAUUUAGAUGAAGAAUAUAAAACAGAUGUGUUAUCCAAAUCAGAAUCAUGGGAUGAACGUCAAUGGAAAAUGUGGAUAUCAACAGAAGGAAAAGAACUUUUAGAAGCAGACUUAAAAAAAUGGUUUACCAAUAAUGAAGUUAUUUAUUGUAAAUGGACUAUGGAUGAAUGGAAUGAAUGGAAAAAUGAAAAAAUUAAAGAUUGGGUUACUACUGAAUGGAAAGCUAAUGAAGAUCAAUAUUGGUCAAAAUAUGAUGAUGCAACAGCACAGACCUUAUCAACUGCGGAAAGGAGUCAAUGGUUUACUUGGAAAGAAAGAAUUUAUAAGGAAGGUAUUGAAUGGAAAAAUUGGAUAGCUAUUAAAGAAAGUAGAUAUGUCAAUUCAAACUGGAAUAGUUGGUCCGAAUGGAAAAAUGAAAAACGUUUAGAAUUUAAUGAAUGGAUAGAACUUUUUGUUGAAAAAUGGAUUAGACAAAAACAAUGGCUUCUCUGGAAUGAAGAGAAAAAAGGUUUUGACAUUCAACAGAGAACUGUUACCUCAGGUUAUACAUUAUCUUCUUCAGCAUCCUCACCACCAUUAUCCAUCUCUGAGUCAGUAGAUACAGAAUCAGUAAAUGCCGAGGCGCAAACAAAAAAAUCUGAAGAGGAUUCUACAACCCAAGUAGUGGUGCCAGAAGCACUACCAUCAACAUCAAUGUCAAUAUCAGCACCUGUAUUAGAAAAUUCUUCCUCUGCAUAG